UUUCAGAUGCGAUGAAAAAAAUUGGAAUGUGCUCGAUUCGUGGAUGGAAAGGUGUUCUAGGGAAAAAUUUGUUUGUUUUUGUUGCAAUCCUCUUUGCCGCAUCAAUUGUUUAUUUUUAUAUAGAUUUUCCAUUAAAAGUCAACAUGAGAACGUUGGAAGAUGGAUUCCAUGAUGAUGAUUUUUACAACUACGAAGAUAUUGUUCAAAGGGAAGAUACCGCGUUGAGGUUUAACAAAACCUCCAACGAUGUCAUCGUCUUUGUGCACAUACAAAAAACGGCGGGCACAACAUUCGAGAAAUUCCUAGUUCGCUACCAACAAAACCUACCGUGCAAGUGCCAAGCGCACAAAAAGCGAUGCAAUUGUGGACGCAGAUCAUCUAAUGAGACGUGGCUGUUCUCACGGUAUUCAACCGGUUGGGUAUGUGGACUUCAUGCAGAUUUUACGGAAUUGGUUGUCAAUAGUUGCGUUCAGAAGGUGUUGGAUAAGCAAGCAGGUCAUAAAAAGAAAAGAAACUACUUCUACACAACAUUUCUUCGCAACCCAACUGAUCGAUUUAUCUCGGAAUUUCGACAUGUUCAAAGAGGCGCUACAUGGAUAUCGUCUAAGCACGUUUGCAAUGGGAAGCCAGCAUCUGUUAAUGACCUUCCGACAUGUUUUGAUCCCCGAAUUGGGUGGGAAGGUGUUUCGCUAGAAGAGUUUAUUUCAUGCCCGUACAAUUUGGCAUUCAACCGACAAACGCGAAUGUUGUCCAAUUUAUCACUUGUCGGAUGCUAUGAACAUAUGAGAAAGCCUUCCUAUGAACAAGACAAGAUAAUGAUAGAAAGUGCGAAAGAAAAUUUAAGAAAAAUGUCAUUUUUUGGAAUCAAGGAACAAAUGGACGAUAGCCAGUUUUACUUUGAAAACACUUUUGAUAUGCAGUUCACUCGCAAAAUGUCAGUCUGGGGGAAAAGCAAGUCAAACGACACGGUGCUAUCGGAAUCUCAGCUCGCCUAUAUUCGAAACGUGAACAAACUAGACUGGGAACUUUACGAGUAUGCAGUCCAACUUUUUGAUGAGCGAGUCAGUCAGCUACGAAGAAAGCGACGAAUACGCCGUUGAAGAGCACUUGCUCUCUUUACUGCUCAAAGAAGAAGAAGCAGCAUUUCUCAAAUUGCCGUCUGUUUGCUCUACUUAUUAGAUCUCUUCGCCACCCAAUUAUUAUGAUUCGAAACGGGUAACUCAAUUGUAUUUCAACUUGUCUUCUCAAUCAACGAAUAAUAUUAAACAAUGCUCAAUCAAUUAAAUAUUUUCACUUAUAAUAAAUGAUUUAUGAAUUUUUU